AUGCAGUUCUUCAUCACCAUCCUCUCCCUGGCUGUCGCCGUCUCCGCUGUGCCCCAAGGCAACGGCAACGGCAACGUUAUCUGCAAGGGCGGAAACGAGAAGGCAGUGUGCUGCAGCAGCGAGGGAUUGCUCGGCGCCGCACAGUGCAUCACUCUCCCCAUCAGCGUCCAGCAGGCCGGCUGCGAUGGUAGCAUCCGAUGCUGCGACACCGAUGCCGAGGAGCAUCAUCGCAGUCGGAGUAACAAUGACAGAAGCCCCGCGAUUCCAACAAACCUCCAAACCUGCACUAGCAAGCCGUUACAACUCGUCAACAUAGACGAGGGGUUUGCAUCCGGCUCGGAUAUUUCGCGCCUUUUCUUGACCCGCAACCGGCAGCUAAGAGGCUCACUCAGAGACGUGCGCGCGAUCGAAUCGAUUCGCGGAACUCCCAUUCUUCCUGGUACUAUCGAUGCUGCUGUUGCUCACCUCAUAAUCGCUAUUCGUGGUGCCAAACUGCAAGCUGAAGAUGCGUUAGGAACAGCGAUCGCAGCGCUCAAGAACCUGAACAUUACGACGCUCAUGAAAGGCGCAAUGGAAUGGAUAAAGCUGUGCCGUUGGGAGACUGCCGCACUUGUUGUUCCCGUGGUUCUUAUGGCAUGUACAUCUGCCUUCCUGGGGCUUGUUGGGUUUACAGCUGGUGGCGUUGCGCCAGGGAGUCUUGCAGCGUGGAUCCAAGCGAGUAUUGGAAACGUCGCGGCUGGUUCUGUGUUUGCGACUCUGACUAGCGCAGCAAUGGCGGGAGAUGGUACACCCAUUGUCCUGCGAGGUGUCUGGGGUGUUAGUAGUGUUAGUAGUGUUUUGUGUUGGGUUUCUGCGGCUUGGAAGAAGUGGACGAAAGACUCGGGCGACGCAGAUCAUACUGAGCAAGGAAAGAGCCAUACUAAAGGUGAAGGCAUAGAGACGGCGCGUCGUAACUGCGACAGACUACUUGAUUAACAACACAACCUUGGAAGCAUUUGAGCUCACUUCUGAAAUACUAGUUCUAGAAUCAGGGCGCCAUCUUGGCUCGAGCAAAUACCCGUCAAUAUGAUGAGAAUGUACCCUAACUACCCAGGUACCGCCGCUCUUCAUCCCCAUGCUCAGCCUCGUCAUCUCAGCCUUGUUGUCUUACCUACUCAUCUCCGCUAGAGAUUGCAGUACAAUAUGCAAUGUGCGAAGAAAUCCGUCUGCAGCGCGGAAUUCCGUACCAGGAUUUUCGAACCCAUGUAGAAGUACCUAGGUAUUAGUGAUCCAAUAGCGACAGGGGAUGAACAUGCUCUUCCGCGCUAGCGAUUGCAGUACACUCAGUUUUCAGCGUACACUCUGUCAGACUAUGCUAUUGGUACAAGCCCUGUCAUCUUUCAUGCACACAGCCCCCUUGUGUGUGCAUGGCCAUUGAUCG